UUCAGACGGGUCAAUUUGGUUAUCACAAGUGAAAAUGUCGGAAAAGAAGAGUUUUCCGGAAGAAAAAACCACCGUAGAUGGAAAUGUGGACACAAAAAAGAAUAAAAGCAAAAAGAAACGAGGAAAACCCGUCGUGGAGGAACCGCCCAAAGAAAAUCAGAAUAAAAUUGAAAUUUUAGAAGGACAAGAAAUGAACGCGUUGAAUAAUAUUUCGAUUAAGGAUCUUCGAGCUGCCAUGGAAAUGUUUUCUUAUUAUCAAAAGCCGGCGAAAACUCCUGAAGAAGCUUUACAUAAAUCUUAUCAAUUUUGGAAUACACAACCAGUUCCAAAAAUGGAUGAGAAAAUUACCGCUAACGAAGCCAUUGAACCCAACAAAGAAGUCGCGGAAGUUAGGGCAGAGCCUUAUAGCCUCCCGGAUGGUUUCCAUUGGGACACUUUAAAUUUAGCUGAUCCUUUGGUUCUCAAAGAACUUUAUACCCUUUUAAACGAGAAUUACGUUGAGGAUGAUGAUUGUAUGUUUCGAUUUGAUUAUCAACCUGAUUUUUUAAAAUGGGCGCUCCAAGCUCCGGGAUGGAGGAAAGAAUGGCAUUGCGGUGUUCGAGUUACUAAAAGCGGACGAUUAGUUGGAUUUAUUUCUGCUAUUCCAGUUACGUUGAAUAUUUAUGAUAGGAUACAAAAAAUGGUCGAAAUCAAUUUUUUGUGCGUCCAUAAGAAAUUGCGUUCGAAAAGAGUCGCCCCAGUUUUAAUCCGGGAAAUAACGAGGCGAGUUCAUCUCACCGGAUUAUUUCAAGCCGUUUACACGGCUGGCGUUGUUUUACCAAAACCCGUAGUAACAUGCCGGUAUUGGCAUCGUUCGUUAAACCCAAAAAAAUUAAUCGAAGUUAAAUUUUCACACUUAUCUCGUAAUAUGACAAUGCAACGAACUUUAAAGCUUUAUAAACUCCCCGAUCAACCGAGAACACCAGGGUUUCGUAAAUUAACCCCGAAAGAUGUCCCGCAAGCGCAUAAGUUGCUUGGGGAUUAUUUAAAACGAUUUGAUUUGGCGCCGGUUUUUUCGAAAGAAGAUUUCGGACACUGGUUUUUACCUCAAACUGAUAUUGUUGAUAGUUUUGUCGUGGAAGUUGAUGGGAAAAUAACUGAUUUCGUUAGUUAUUACACUUUACCUUCAACGGUUAUGUAUCAUCCGGUUCAUAAAGUUUUAAAAGCGGCUUAUUCGUUUUACAACGUUGCGAAAGCCACCCCUUGGAUCGAUUUGAUGAACGACGCGUUAAUUUCGGCUAAACAAUUAAAUUUCGAUGUUUUUAAUGCUUUGGAUUUAAUGGAUAACAAGGAGUUUCUGGAGCCUCUCAAAUUUGGGGUCGGCGAUGGUAAUUUACAAUAUUAUUUGUAUAAUUGGAGGUGCCCCGCGAUUCAACCAUCGAAAAUCGGACUUGUUCUUCAAUAAGUUUUAAACUAAAUAAUAAAAAUUGGGAAAAUUGAACAUUUUUUUUGAGGUUAGGUUUUUUAGGUGCAAUAAUUUGUAUGUUAAAGAUAUAAUACAAAUAGUGAGCACCUUUAAGGAGUUUAAGUAAUGAUGAUAAUAAUAAAAGAAAAGGAGAGAACACCACAA